CGUUCCUGUGGCUGUUCCCGUUCCCCUCGGGCAGGGCCGGGCGGCGGCCGCGUCUCGUCCUCGCUGCCCCCUCCUCCCCGUGCCUCGCAGUGGUCGGCGCCGGUGGCGGGGAGGGCGGGGAGGGAGCGCGGCGCUGCCGCAUGCAUCGCUGAUGGAGCCGGGCUCGGGGCUGCCGCAGCGCAGGGCGGGGGGCGGCGGGCUGGACCUCGGGGCGGGCUCGGCGGCGGGGUCGCCGGCGCUCUCGGGGGGGCAGUCCCGCCGCAGGAAGCAGCCGCCGCGCCCGGCCGACUUCAAGCUGCAGGUGAUCAUCAUCGGGUCGCGGGGGGUGGGCAAGACCAGCCUCAUGGAGCGCUUCACCGACGACACCUUCUGCGAGGCCUGCAAGUCUACCGUGGGUGUUGAUUUUAAAAUCAAAACAGUAGAGCUAAGAGGAAAGAAAAUUAGAUUACAAAUCUGGGACACAGCAGGUCAGGAGAGAUUCAACAGCAUUACCUCAGCUUAUUACAGAAGUGCCAAGGGAAUUAUUUUGGUGUAUGAUAUCACCAAGAAGGAAACAUUUGACGAUUUACCAAAAUGGAUGAAAAUGAUUGAUAAGUACGCUUCAGAAGAUGCAGAACUUCUAUUAGUUGGAAAUAAACUGGACUGUGAAGUUGAUCGAGAGAUUACUCGGCAGCAGGGAGAGAAGUUUGCACAGCAAAUAACUGGGAUGCGGUUCUGUGAAGCAAGUGCCAAGGAUAAUUUUAAUGUGGAUGAAAUAUUUCUAAAACUUGUUGAUGACAUUCUGAAAAAGAUGCCACUGGAUGUUAUAAGAAAUGAGUUGUCCAACAGUAUCCUGUCCCUGCAACCAGAGCCAGAAAUCCCACCAGAACUGCCUCCUCCAAGGCCACAUGUCCGUUGCUGUUGACUUGUUACUUCCUCCAGAGUGAAAAGUAUGAGCAGGAGGGUAAAGAAAGUAUCUGUACUACUCUGCACUACAAUCAUUUGGCAGUUUCUCGUUGCACUUUGUUAUUCGAGUCAGAGCUACACACUAACUUGUAAAUAUGCAAAUAUGCAAUCCUAUGUAGGAUUCAACUAUAACAUUUAAUUAUUACCCCUCUCCCUCACAAUGAUGUUUCAUUCAUUGCCCCAGUGUUAUAAAUACUGUACAGUCGGUGGGGGUUUGCCACACAUCCAGUUGAGGAGGAGGAGAAAUUAAAUCUAUACCUAUUCUUGACAUAAAUGUUGUAAUAGUUCUUUGUUAUUAUAAACAGGCAGGCAGAAGCUCUUCUGGUAUGAAGAUAAGUAUAUGGUGCUUUGCUAACUAUUUUAAAGACAAAUUUUUUAAAAACAGAGGACUUUAUGUACAAAGCUUUCAUAAUCACCAUUAUGUUUCCUUUUAAUGUAGUGAAAACAUUUUUGGCUGUAGCAUCCUCUGCUGACUGGACUUAUUGAAAAGCUAAGUUUAAUUUUUGGCAGUCUUUUAUUUAUUUUGUUUAAUUCUGCACCCUUUCUUUGUGUACCUAGACAUCACACCUGGUGCAGAUCUAAGAUUGCACUUUGAAAAAGCAUAUAUAAUUUCCUGCAUAAACAUAAAUUUGGUUACAAGAAUCGUUAAAUUUCAAUAAAAGAAUGGAGGUAUAUGAAACUCUAAAAGAAGGUAUAAAAAAGCAAUGCUGCUGUCCUAGACAAAUUCUUGAGGGGAAAAAAAAAAGGUUAUACAUUUUCCUGUGUUAGGGAAUAUAUAUAUGUGUAUUUUUGUCUGGACAUCUGUAGGGAUGGGGGAAGGGAACCUAAGGUAAAAUUAUUUUCUUUCCUAAUGGUGGAAAUUAUUCCCAUUAAGCAAAUACUGUGUUAGGAUUUUGUCUGAUAAUGAACUUGUGAAUUAUAUCUUUGGUAUAUCUUUUAUUAAAUGCACUGUUUAGUUUAGCUGUGGUAAAUCAGUAGAUACAUAUUUGAAUAACUUGGUGUGUCCUGAAUGUUGUGGUAUUGAAAAACAUUGUGGUCUUUCUAAACUAAUGAAGUGCAAAUAAAAUUUUGUAUUUAUGAA